GCAACACUGCUCAGUCCGCGUCAGUCGUCCUGCGCGCGACAGACGAAGAGGAGGCUGUUCUGCGCAUCCUCCAACCUGCCAUCCUGCCGUCCUACCAUUCUGCAGUCCUACCAUCCUAUCAACUAACAAGGACAAACAUCCUGCCGCCCUGCCCUCGUCACAUCAUCGUAGGACAUCAAUGGACAGUGGGGAUGACUUUGAGAUGGUGGAGGGUAAUGGUAUCCCUUCCUCCUGUUACCCGACCAGUCCACACGCCACCUUCAGAGCAAGACAUCUUAAGACAUCCUCCACGCAGGGCACAAACGCAGGACCUACACACGCGAAUCCUUCAAGUGCCAAAGAAUCCUAUAUGUCCUCACUUCGGUCUGCUUUCUCCCGGAUGUCUCCAGGGAAUGAGAGAAAGGAAGACCCGAAGAAGAAACCAAAGAAAAGAACCACAGGGAAAGGUGGUCAGGGAAAGCCAGGACCUUCACCUCCGCCUCCGCCCUCCUCCCGGCGAUCCUCCUUCAGCAGUGAUUCAUCCUUAGAGAGCCAAGACUUGGACUCCAUCGCGGGGGUCUUCUCAGCGGCUUUAUCCUUCGCGCAGACGUGUGACCGAAGAGCCGCAGCAAUCAACGCCAGAACGAAGAAGAACCACCCUCUCGAUGCCGCCUAUGAGAAGGGUGCGAAGUGGGGUGGUGCCCUUGGUGGGGGUAAAAGUCAUGGUGCCCGCCAGAGGUCGUCAAAAGGGUGGUCGUUCUCGUCUGAUGAAGAAGAUUCCCGUCCCAGGUCAUCGUCGUCUUCUUCCUCCUCAGUCUUCGGGUUGUCUACUUUCGUCAACACUGUGUUUGGCCGCCGCCGCAAGCAGUGAGUGGGUGAUAGUGGUGGUGAUGGAAGAGCUUGUGCGUAAAUGGUUGGUUAGCUGGUUGAUAGGUUAGUUAGUAGAUGCAGUAGUAGUAGUAGUGGUAAGUGUACAUAGUUGGUUGUUGCUUAGUAGAUGCAGUAGUAGUGUUAAUAUGUGUGCAGAGUUAGUUAGUUAGUUAGUUAGCAGAUGAAAUACAGACGCAGACGCACUGUACAACACUCCUGCCACUCUUAUCCUCCCUCAAACACUCCACCUCACCCCCCCACCACCUCCUUCCUCACCUCCCCAAUUCCAUCUUCUCCCUGUAAACAGAUGACAGACGCAGAAGCCGAAUUCAACACUUUACGAAAACUUGAAGCCUCGUAUCCUGAGCUGCUUAUACCGUCUGCUGGUGUGGUGGGUGAAGUGUGGGUGUGGGUGUGUUUGGAUGGAGUUUGGGGGUGGUAGGGGUGGAGUGUAUAUUCAGCUCCGUCGUUUUGUGCUUGAGUUGUACCGGAAAAUGUGAUUCUCUCUUUCGUUCUCUUGUUCUGAAGGAAUUGUGUUUUCCUACUGCUCUGUUUUCUCUUUCUUUUCUUCGUCUUUGUGUAACGACAGCAAUGUGCUCCGAGUUGGUUUUUUUGUUGUUGAUUUUUUUUUUUGCGUUUUUGUCUCCCCGGAUUUAUUUUUUUUCCUUUUUUUGUGUGCUUUUCGGUACGUAUUGUGACGUUAAGGAUUUUUUGUUUCGCGUAUAUAUUUUUUCCCCCCGCUUGGUUUGUUUGUUUGGCUCGUGUCACAAUGGAAGUCUGUGUUUGUGUCCCGGCAUCACAGAGCCUGAAUGACUGUUUCCCUUCCCCCCCUCCCCACGACCCCCCUCCCCCCCUCCCCACGACCCCCCUUUUUCCCCCUCUCCUCCCUUUCUCCCUCCCCCUGUCUCCCAUUUCCCUGAUGUCCCCUCUUCCUCCCAUCCCUUCCCCUGCUGUUCCUUGCCCCUUCCUCUUUCCCCUUCCCCCUAGUCCCCUUUCCUUCCUCCCCUUCCUCUGCUGCUCUCCCUUCCUCCCUUCCCUUCCUCCCUC